UUUAAUACAGGUCUCUCCACCCCUCUGCUCAAAUAUUAUUGCAACACCAUUUCUAUUUUCCAGUCUGCAAAAGGACAUGGUAAUGCAAGUACACUCUGGAAGCAACGCUGUAGCAAAGAAGACUCUGUUAAAGGUUUGGUACAAGAAAAUAUACAGUUAUUAACCAAAGGGACUAAUCUGCAUUGAACAGCAAAAGAAUGAAGAGUCUAAUAUAUCUUGUUUGCUUUACGGUGGGUGUAUGUGAAUUUCUUUCACAAGAUAUUGAAGGAUGUGAGCAAAAGCUGACUGUAAAUGUGGAUUUUACUGGAAAUGAUAUCAAGUCAGUUCUUGCCCCAGAUGCCAACUAUUGUCAAAAGUUGUGCACCGAGCAUAAAAGCUGUCAGUUUUUCACCUAUUUGACAAGAGACUGGAACACGGACCAUCGAAGAUUUUAUUGUUACCUUAAACAGAACAUUGAAGCAGCUCCAACCAUUAAAAAUCAAUUACAGAAUGUUGUCUCAGGCUAUUCCCUCAAGGACUGCCCGGCAUAUAGCUCUUGUUUUACAACCAUUUUUGCAGGUCUGGAUUUCCCAGGCAAUGACUACCGUCAGUACCUAGUGGAGGAUGAGCACAUCUGUCAAAGAGAAUGUACCGAGGAGCCGGACUGCCAGUUUUACACCUUCGCAAAUGGGUUAUAUCAAAACAGCCGACAGCGCUAUAUUUGCUAUCUGAAGAAGAGCAAAGAAGGAACACCAUCAACAAUAAGAACUCUUCAGAAUGUUGUAUCUGGAUUUCCUUUAAGAGAAUGUGGGUUCAAUAACUUAGUUUCAGAAUGUAAAACUGAUCUUUCUGAAGAUGUGGAUUUCCCCGGAAAUGAUAUCACUUCGGUCCUGGCACCUGAUGCAAACUUCUGUCAAAAAAUAUGCACUUAUCAUCCUCGAUGUUUGUUCUUCACGUUUGUGGAGAGAGAAUGGAACAUUGACCAAAGAAGAUUUUACUGUUAUUUAAAACAAACUGCAACGGGAGCACCGUCAAGGAUAACAAAGUUACAAAACGUCGUAAGUGGGUUUUCCCUCAAAUGGUGCAAGAAUCAGAUAAGUCCCUGUGUUUCUGAUGUCUAUGAGAGUGUGGAUUUUCUGGGGGAAGACUUCCGUUAUUCUGAUGCAAUAAACUAUCAGGAUUGCCAACAACAGUGCACAAAUGAUCGUAAUUGCCAGUUCUUCACAUAUGCAAAUCAAAGUUAUUGGGAAACGUUUCGACGUCAGAUAUGCCACAUGAAAAAGAGUAUAAAAGGAAUUCCAAGUAGAAUUAAUCUUCUCAACAAUGUUGUGUCUGGAUUUUCUUUAAAGGAAUGUGGAUUAUCAAGUCAAGCUUGCAGAAGAAGGCUUUUACAGAAUGUUGAUUUCCCUGGGAAUGAUAUUAAGCAUGUACUGGCUCCUAGUGCUGAAACAUGUCAAUUGAUUUGCACAUACUACCCCAAUUGCUUGUUUUUUACAUACGUAAACAAUAAAUGGACAAAGGAUUCCAGGAAAAAUUGGUGUUACUUGAAGAAAACAGAAUCAGGACUUCCUUCCUCCUCUAAGCCUUUAAGUGAGGUGGUGACUGGUUAUUCCCUGCGAAGUUGCUCAGACAUUCCUGAUUGCGAAUCCAACGUUUUUCAUAACAAAUCAUUUGAAGGGAAAAUACUCCAAAUUAAGCAACUUGGGAGCCAUGGGGACUGUCAAAACAGUUGCACAGAUCACAGACAUUGCCAAUUUUUUACCUUCGAAGAAACCUGCAAUCAGGAAAUGUGCAAUUGCUAUUUACAAAAGACCGAUAAUGGACUACCAUUAAAAAUAGAUGAAUCUAUUGGAGCUGUUUCUGGUUUUUCUUUGAGGCUUUGUACCAUGAACACCACGACCUGUGGGCAAGUCAAUCGACUAAAACGAAGAGUUUACGGUGGAACUGAUUCUCUUCCUGGUGAAUGGCCAUGGCAAGUCUCGAUCCACUUUGGCCAAAAGGGUGAAUUUAGACAUGUCUGCGGUGGAUCCAUUAUAUCUAGUCUUUGGAUCAUCACAGCUGCUCACUGCUUUGAAAGGAAUUUUGAUCUUGGUACAUGGAGAAUAUACGCUGGUAUAACAAAAUUAUCUGAUGUUUCCAAUGAAAUCGCUUUCCACCAAAUUGAGAGGAUAGUCAUGCAUGAUAAAUACAGUUCUGUGACUGAGGGUUUUGAUAUCGCUCUCCUCAAACUCAAGCAAGAUAUAGUCUUUACUGAUUAUCAAAUGCCAAUAUUUCUUCUGACUUCAGAAGAGCAAGUACCGUUGAGAAAUCAGUGUUGGAUAACAGGUUGGGGAAGACCAGAGACUGGUAAAAUAUCUCAAAUUCUCCUGAAAGCGAAUGUUCCUGUAAUAGAUGAUAAGAAAUGCCAAUCAUAUUAUUCCAACAAUAUUUCAACGGAAAAUAUGAUGUGUGCUGGCAAUGAAGAUGGCAAAAUUGAAUCAUUUUGGGGAGAUUUAGGAGGUCCUUUAGCAUGCAAACAUGAAGGUAAAUGGUACUUGGUUGGAAUUACAAGCUGGGGCCAUGGAUGUUUUCAGGAAAAAAAACCUGGGAUAUAUACUCGUUUAUCAACAUUUAACACUUGGGUGAACAAAAUAAUUUCAGAAGAAUUUCAGCAUCGUGUGGAAGGUGAGAAACAAUUCCCAUAGGAUGAUUGGCUUAUCGUAAAACAUUGCUUCCUGUCUGUCGUCUACGAGGAAGAAAAUCUCCAAAACAUAAUAAGGAUCUGCAUUAUUAUUUCCAAAAUGCCUGAAAGCAUCAAUAAAGUUUAUUUCUCAAUUUUCUGUAAUGGUGAUGGAAUUAAAAACAAAUGUAUAAUUUG